UCAUCGUUCCCCGGGACGCCUUCUUCCUGCUUAGUUCUGGGGAGGCUGAGCGCUUGUCUUCGUGACGUCACGCCGUCCAGUCACCCGGGCUGCUUGUGUAGAAGUGAGGGAUCAUGCAGCCCCGUCGGCCCGAGGGUUUCGAUGGCCUGGGAUAUAGGGGAUCUGCCUGGGGCCGCGGAGACGAGGCCCCCCCGCCUUACCAGCACAGCUUCCCGGCAAGGUCAUUCAGCUCUUCCGGGGAUCUGUCACAACACUGGGUGACCACCCCGCCCGACAUCCCGGGGAGCCGUAACCUGCACUGGGGAGAGAAGACGCCGCAGUAUGGAGGAGAUGGAAACCAGGCGCCCCCCAGCCUGGGGGAGGAGAGCGGGGAACAGCUCAAUCGGUUUGCUGGAUUUGGCAUUGGACUGGCAAGUCUCUUUACAGAAAAUGUAUUGGCUCACCCCUGUAUUGUCCUGCGCCGACAAUGCCAGGUGAACUAUCAUGCAAGAAAUUACCACUUGUCACCAUUUAGCAUUGUGAACAUUAUGUAUAGUUUUACCAAGACACAGGGUCCGAAGGCACUUUGGAAAGGAAUGGGAAGCACUUUUAUUGUUCAAGGUAUAACCCUUGGAGCAGAAGGAAUCAUCAGUGAAUUCACACCUCUGCCCAGGGAACUUACACACAAGUGGAGUCCCAGGCAAAUCGGAGGACAUCUUCUUCUUAAAGGAUUAGUCUAUGUAAUUGCCACUCCCUUCUAUUCGGCAAGCCUUAUUGAAACUGUACAGAGCGAGAUCAUCCAUGACAAUCCUGGAAUUUUAGAUUGCCUAAAAGAAGGAAUUGGAAGAGUUAUGGGACUUGGUGUGCCUCACAGCAAGCGUUUGCUGCCGCUUCUUGUUCUGAUGUUUCCUACAGUCCUCCAUGGUGUGCUGCAUUACAUAGUCAGCUCUGUCGUUCAGAAAUGUGUUUUAUUCUUCAUAAAGAAGAAGAAGAAUCCUGCCCAAAUUCCAAGUGAUGGAGCCAGCACGGCCCAAAACAUUUUAGAAAAUUAUUUCCCAGAACUCAUAGCUAAUUUUGCUGCAAGCCUGUGCGCUGACGUCCUACUGUUUCCUCUCGAGACAGUCAUGCACCGCCUUCACAUUCAAGGAACACGCACAAUAAUUGAUAAUACAGACCUUGGUUAUGAAGUGGUGCCUAUUAACACUCAAUAUGAGGGAAUGAGAGACUGUAUCAAUACUAUAAGGCGAGAGGAAGGGAUGCUGGGCUUCUACAAAGGCUUUGGAGCUGUGGUGGUGCAAUAUACUCUUCAUGCUACCGUUCUGCAGAUCACUAAAUUCGUUUAUUCAUCUCUUUUGCAAAAUACAGCCCAAUGAGUUACUUCCCUAUUUGGCACAUCAGUAUGUUUCAUUUCAAGUUCCACCUUAUAUUUAUGCCAAUGGGAAACCGAAGAGGGCACUUUGCCUGUACCUAAACAAGAUUGUUUGAACUGAACAUUGAAUAUUCCACUUGGAAAACAUGGAUAUGCCGUUGCGCGAAGUCUUAGUGUUUGUGCAAUGCAGAUCUUAUUUCAGUACUUUACAGGUGUUUUUCACACCUGGGGGGCCUUUUGGGCCGAUGACCUGAUGUUGCCAGACAUGUGGAGGGAAGCAUACUUACCUGUUCUCCGCACUCUGCUCCCCGCCUGUCAACAUCUUGUUUGACGUGGGUCAUGUGGCCAAAGCAGUCAAUGACUGGCCGCAGCAGUGACGUGUCAUCUAUGCGUCAUGUCACUAGGUCACGUGACGCAUGGGGGGCAGGUCACCACUGCAGCCAGGUGACCCAUGUCAAACAAGGAUCAAAGUAGUUGGUGAAUAUACAUACAUCCCGCUUAGGGGUUCUGCCCAAAAAGCCCCCAGGGGUGAAGCAUUUUAACUGUACCAGUAAAUUUAUCUACAGGUUGACUUUUGUGCCUCAAGAGCUGAAUUGCUCAUUCUUUUGCUCAGAAACGGAGUUCAUCUGUAGUCAUUACAAUAGAGGUAACCUACAGAGAAAGUUGUGUAAUUUUUGUAUUUAACAGUUACACCCAUAUAAUAGUUCAGAACUGAAUUAGGCCUGGCCCACCAGAGAAUCUUCCAGUGGACCCAGUCUCUGGUACCAUAGUGGGCCCCAAUGGUUCAGGAGAAUAAAAAAUGUUUGACUGCCUUUUGGACCCAAUUACCUAUCACUAGGGUCUAUUAUUACUACAAAACCUAUUAGACCUUAUUAAUGAUAUAUGAGUUAAGGUGCAUUUAGACAGGCUGAGAAGAAGCAGAUUAUUGAGAAAGAAACGUUCCUUCCUGACAAUCAGCUGCUCAUUUAUAUGCAGCGAUCACUCCACAGUAUCAGGACGAGUGGUCGCUGCUGCUAUCGCUUGUCCUCAUACAGCUGCUUUGAUUCUGGGCAGCAGGGUGCUGUUUAGACAGCAUGAUCUGCUGCCCAGAAACGAUAAUUUAGGUGUCUGCAGGAACGACAGUUAUACCUGGCUCGUUCAUUGGGUGAUCGGCUGCAACUUUAGAUGGGCAGAUUGUCGGGAACGAGUUCCUGAUAAUCUGCCUGAUUAUUGCCCAUCUAAAGCCACCUUUAGGCCUCGAGAAUAAUUUCCUCCAGUGGGCCCAAGGAACAUCAAGUGACCAGGCCCAACCGUGAUGUAGGAAAGGCUGUAUUCCCAUGUGCAUUGUGGCCUCUGUUCAUAAUAGAAGUUGCAUCUCUCAGCCAGGUUGGCCAUACGGUAUUAAAUUAUCAUAUGUGACAGAACCCAAGCCUCAGAUGGCAGCAUGAACAGAUCCUAAGGAUGGGCCUGACAACAAGCUCGUCUACAGUUUCUGGCUACAAUCAGCAGAAAUGUGAGUGAAGCUGUGGGUUUUAAUACAGAAUAUAGGUAAGGAUCAGUACAAGACAAAAUGGUCUAGCAUAUUCACAAAGUUGCUGGUUAGUUGACUUUUUAUAUGCAAUCUU